UGCAAUUCAUCUUUGCAGGAACUAGUUGAAUGGAAUAAUCGCUAUAGGCAGAAGUUUGGACUUGUUUUUCUUAUAUGUGCAUCCGAGAGAAGUACACCUGAAAUACUUGAAGAAUUGAAGAAACGGUACCCAAACAGACCCAUAGUUGAGUUUGAGAUUGCAGCACAGGAGGAGAUGAAGAUAAUUGAACUGCGUCUUGCCAAACUGUUUGCAGCUAAAGCAGAAGUCACUUCUCCUAUGGAUCGUGUAAGAAUAAUUGGAGAAUAUCUGACUGUUGCUUCUGAAGUUCAUGGUGGUAAAGCAUCUCAAACCUCAGCUAGAACUCGCCCUCCCAUCACAACACAUGUCCUGGAGGUCUCUCGUGGAUCCCCAGCUGCUGGCAUUGAGGUACAGUUGGAGAUGUGGGACCAUUUUACCUUUUUGUAG